AGAAUGUAGCCGUCGGGAAGACUGCCUAUCAGAGUUCCUACCUCGCUGGAACACCUGCAGGAAACGCUGUGGAUGACAACAUUAUUCAAUCAGAUGCAGGGUUGUGUAUACUUACCAACAUUAGUCAGCCAUAUACCUGGUGGGAAGUGGAUCUGGGUCAAGAAUAUUUCAUUCACCAAGUUGUCAUCUACUUCAGGACAGACUGGGAGUGGAGACGAAAAGGAAUCCAGGUAUACACAGCUAAGUCAGCACGACAGGGUAGUGAAGGCGCAUCUUGUGGUUUAAAUAUCACAGGUAAAGAUGACGGAUCUGACAUUGACGAUAUAACCAACAGAACAUGUGAUGUCACAGGAAGGUACGUGACGCUCUACCAAGACUACAACAAUCCUGAAGGCUCAACAUGUAUGGAUUUCUGUGAAGUUGUUGUCAAGGCAUGUCCACUUAACAAGUAUGGUGCUGACUGUGACAAGUUGUGUGCGGAUCGUAAAUGUGCUAGGAAUGAUUCAUCCUGUAUUAUGUGGACAGGUGAAUGUAACGGAGGAUGUCUAACUGGCUGGAAAAACGAUGACUGCACCAUAGAUAUAAACGAGUGUCAGAAUGCAACGUAUCCAUGUGACACCAAUGCAGUUUGUGGAAAUACAGUUGGGUCUUAUACAUGUACUUGCAAAGUUGGAUUUUCCGGAGAUGGACACACCUGUACAGCAUGUCAGUCUAACAUCAAGUAUGGUUCUAACUGCAUCAAGUCUUGUUCAGAUCGGAACUGCGCCAACAGUAGGUCGACAUGUGAUGCAAACACUGGAGCUUGUGAUGGAGACUGUAAACAGGGAUGGCGAGACGUGGACUGUACCCAAGAUAUCAACGAGUGUGAACAGAAUCCAUGUGGUCUGAAUGCGAACUGCACCAACACAAAUGGAUCAUAUACCUGUGCUUGUCGAACUGGAUAUUCUGGAGAUGGACACAGUUGUACAGAUAUCAACGAGUGCCUCAAUCAGAAGUCAUGUGAUAUUAAUGCCAACUGCACCAACACAGAUGGUUCAUACACAUGUACUUGCCAAGCUGGAUAUUCUGGAGAUGGAAACAACUGUACAGAUGUGGACGAGUGUCUUGAACAGAAACCAUGUGAUACGAAUGCUUCCUGCAGCAACACAGACGGAUCAUAUAUAUGCGCUUGCCUUAAGGGAUUUUCUGGAGAUGGAAAAACUUGUACAGCAUGUGUAGAAAAUGUUAGAUACGGUCUUAACUGCAGAAAGUUAUGUAAGGAUCGCAAAUGUUCGUCUAGAAAUUCAUCCUGCAACUCGUCGACUGGUACCUGUGAUAACGGAUGUCAAGUAGGAUGGAAUGGAUCUGAGUGUACACACGAUGUAAACGAGUGUACUGAACAGAAUCCAUGUGACAUGAAAGCGGAGUGUAGCAACACAGACGGGUCAUAUACAUGUGUUUGUCACAGUGGAUAUUCUGGAGAUGGAAAAACCUGUACAGAUAUCGACGAGUGUCUUGUACAAACAAUGUGUAAUUUAAAUUCCAAUUGCAACAAUACAGAUGGGUCAUACACUUGUACUUGUCUGUAUGGAUAUUCUGAAGAUGGAGAAACAUGUGCAG